UUGGUUGGCACUUGCAGUGAUACAGCUGAGUAGUGGCGCUAUGGAGUCUGGCACUAGAGCACGCCUGGUGAUGAGCCCAGAGGUCGCUGAGCUCCGAAAGCGAUAUGUGACGAAGAAGAAGGCAGACUUGCUAGAACAAACGAUCGGAGACAAGCGGCUCCCAAAAAACAACACAAAGUUCAACUUUGCCGGAAUUAUGGCGGCUUCGCUUCCCCUAAUCAUUCUCACUGGCUUACAGGUUUAUCAGGAGAUGCAGGAGCACGGCUACAGCUUUGAACACUUCUACCAGACACACUUUGGCAGCGGCGUGAGUUCCACUACUCACAAGCGACCUGAUCAGCUGAAGGAGUGGGGUGGGAAAGUCCUGCCUAAUGGCUACAAGGGAGACGGCAUUCACAGACGACUGAGACUCAACAAGAAUGAAUACCUCAAACUUUAUGAUGCAAAAUGGCCUGUCAUGGUGACUGGAGUAGUUAAACACUGGCGAGCGAUGAAUUGGAGUGCAGAGUUUCUCUAUAGCUACUAUGGUCAGGAGAAAGUAACAGUGAAGAGAGUUCGGGGUAAGUCGAAAACUGCGAACGAAGUCAUAGUGAAGCUGGAAAAGUUUUACAAGAGCAGAGACAAUGUUUCUACAGAACGGUGGGCUCUGACCGAAGAUUCGACGUUCUUCUACAGAAAUCCGGAGCUCACAAUGGACAUUGGAAAAUUUGAGUACAUCCAGGAGAACUUGUUUGGUAGGUUUCCGGAGCAUUUGCAGCCGUGGGAGGAGCAGCUGCAAUGGGGGACAGCAUUUUCUAAAUCAACCCUGCAGAUGGAUCCGUAUAACCGAACCAGUUUGCAUUUUGUCUUGUCUGGGAAAAAGGAAUGGAAGCUCUAUUCUCCCGGACAUGAUGCAUACUUAUACGCUAGCGCGCGACCGACGCCAGAUAUGCCACUGCGUGUGCUGCGAUAUACCAGUCCCAUUGACGCGUUCAGUCCUGACUACAGCCGAUACGGUCUAUUCCGCAAUGCUGUUGCGAUGGAUGUGAUGCAGGGAGCAGGAGAACUCCUGAUCAUACCUGCAGGGUGGUACUAUCAGGGUCGUAAUGCUGAGGACACGUUGGCCGUCUGCGUGGGUCUGAUGACAGAGAAUAAUCAUGACACUGUGCUCGAGGAGAUCUUGAAGGAAGGUCACGUAGAGGAGGUCCAUCUUCCCGAAAACUACGAGGCCUAUGCGCCGGAGGAGAAGGUGGAUUUGGUAAUGAGUCUGAUGCCGCCGCAGGUUAUCGAGGCAGCUAAGCUAAUCAGAAAGGAAGCUCUACGAAGAGUGAGCAGAAGUAGACGUUGAGGGUGGUGAUGUAGGCAGCAGGUGCCGAUGUAGCUUACACAACGUUCUUACAGGUCAUAGAAAACAUGGAAAAUCCUGGAAUUUAAAACUGACAUUUUCGAGGUCUGGAAUAUUAUGGGAACCUAUUGGAAAAUUUCUUGGAAAAUGUGCUGCAUUAUGUGUACGUGCUCUAACUGCACAACAAAUCACGUGACAUUCACGUGUAGCUUGUCAAAUUACAUGGUGUCGCUGUGCAAAUGUAGGCCAUCCAAUCACGUAAUAUCUACGUGUAGCUUAUGCAAUCACAUCAUAGUUGCUUGUCGCCUACACAGUCACGUGAUAUGACAUCCACGGUGUAGCUUAUCCAGUUCUGUGCUAGCUGCUUGUAGCUUAUCUACUCAUGUGAUGCUCACUUGGUUGUAUGAAUUUUUGCGUGAUUUUUACAUCGUCUUCAGCUUUCCAUUAAACCAUUGUGCUAAUGAAAUUGAAAACCGUUGAUGUUCCUGAAUGAAUCGCAUCGGUAGGUAGGUUGAGUCUUUUAGUUACAUUCAGCAUAGCCCUCGCUAGACUUAGGAUGAGAUUAAAUGAGAUUAGAACAAGGAGGUAUGACUAUUUCCUCACCUUGCUGUGUAAUCGAAUAAUGUGGUCUGUUAUUAAUAGUGUGUGUGUGUCACAUUGGUUAAAUAUUAUGUAAGUGUGUAAUGUACAUAUAUAAUAUAUCAAAUAUGAGAAAGCAUUGCAACUGAGGAAACGUUUAAUGAUAUAAUUAUAAAGAGUUAAAUUAUGUGUUUGUUGUACUUAUAUGUAUAUAUUAUCUAGUCAUGUUAUACCUUGACCCACUUUCGUUAUUACUGUGAUUUAACUAGUUCUCAUCAUUUUCAUCAUUUUCUGUGUGCGUAUGUAGGUUACUGCACAAUGAUAUUAUUAUAUAUUUAUUUAUAAUUGGAAUUGUUGCUUCAGUUUCAAGGGUAUGUUUUAUUUGAAACUGGGUGAUUUUAUGUUGUUUUUUUAUCUAUUUAAUCUUUUUAUUCAUUGUUGCUAUAUUUAUCUGUUGAGUGUCCAGGGCUACGUUAUCACAUAUAAGACACACUAUAAACGUUUGUUAGUGUAUAAAUAAAACUUUUUAAUCACAA